UUCUAGCUCCAUAAAAAUGGUGAAAUUCUCAAAAGAAUUAGAAGCUCAACUUAUUCCAGAAUGGAAAGAUGCUUUCGUUAACUAUUCUCAACUCAAAAAACAUGUCAAGAAAAUCAAGCUUUCUAGAAUCCCUAAACAUGUUCCAGAUAUUUCGACAAUCCCCGAUUUCGGUUUAUCUGUUUUCGACCCUUUUCGAUCCCUCUUCAGAAAUAUCUCCGACCGUCUCCGACGUACCGGAAACAAGCAGGAGAUGAUCAUUCAGGUGAAGAGUAAGGUUCGAUAUGGAGAAGAUGACGAAGAGAAGAACCAGGACGAUGGCGAUGACGACGACGAAGAAAUUUACGAAACAGAACUUGUGCAGUUGUUUUCGGAACAAGACGAGGUGAGGAUUUUCUUUGCUUGUUUAGAUGAAGAACUUAACAAAGUAAACCGGUUUUAUAAAACAAAAGAGGAUGAAUUUCUUGAAAGAGGAGAAAUACUUCAAAAACAGCUUCAAAUUCUUAUUGAUCUCAAACAAGUCCUUAACAAUUGGCGUAAAAAGACCAAUUUGUCCCCGGCUGGUAGUAGAACCGGUUUAACUGGAUUCCUGUCUCAUUCAUCUUCCUUCUCUCCGACCCGGAAUUCUGAUGUUUCAGAAGUACAUAGUGGAUAUACUAGUGAAACUAUGGAUCAAGAGGCAUCGUCACAAGCUGAUGAAGUUAUUGCUACACUUGAAAAAAAUGGAGUGAAUUUUAUUAAUGCGGCAUCGAGAUCAAGAACAAGGACAAAGAAUGGGAAACCUAAGGUUUCAAUGAAGAUCGAUAUCCCGGCUAAUACGCCGACGAGAACCAUAUCGGCUCUUACCUCGAUGUUAUGGGAAGAUUUGGUAAACAAUCAGAAAAAGGAUAAUCCGGGAGAGUAUAUAAAUCGAAAGAAGAUUCAAUGCGCGGAAAAGAUGAUUAGGGGAGCUUUUGUCGAGCUUUAUAAAGGCAUUAAUCUACUCAAAACAUAUAGCUCUUUGAACAUGAUGGCGUUUACGAAGAUACUUAAAAAGUUUGAUAAGGUAGCAAAUCAGCAAGCAUCAGCAAGUUAUCUCAGAGUAGUAAAGAGAUCUCAUUUCAUAAGCUCAGAUAAGGUGGUUAGGCUAAUGGAUGAAGUGGAGUCUUUGUUCACAAAGCACUUUGCCAACAAUGACAGGAAAAAGGCAAUGAAAUUCUUGAGACCUCAACAACACAAAGAAUCUCACAUGGUCACCUUUUUUGUUGGAUUAUUUACUGGUUCAUUUGUAACACUUUUUAGUGUAUAUGCAAUUUUGGCACAUUUUUGUGGUAUGUUCUCUGCUAAGGCGGAGUCGGGUUAUAUGGAGACUAUUUAUCCUGUUUUCAGUAUGUUCGCGUUGCUUAGCUUGCACUUAUUCAUGUAUGGAUGCAACCUACUCACAUGGAAAAACACGCGAAUUAAUUACAACUUCAUAUUCGAGUUUCAACCGAGCACAGCUCUAAAGUAUCGCGAUGCUUUUCUUCUAUGCACGUGUUUGAUGACUUCUGUCGUCUCAGCCAUGGUUAUUCAUCUUGUCUUGCUCUCCAAUGGAUUUACAGCAGAACAAGUCGAUGGCAUUCCAGGGAUUUUACUGUUGAUAUUUGUUACGUUACUGAUAUGCCCGUUCAAUAUCAUUUAUCGUCCAACACGAUAUUGUUUUUUGCGUGUCUUACGCAACAUAAUAUGUUCUCCAUUUUACAAGGUCAUAUUGGUAGACUUCUUCAUGGCUGACCAAUUGACUAGCCAGAUUCCUUUGUUUAGACACAUGGAGUCAACCGCGUGUUAUUUUAUAGCCGGGAGUUUCAAGACACAUCGAUACGAAACAUGUAAAUCCGGGAGAAAAUUCCGAGAGAUCGCUUACUUCAUCUCCUUUGCUCCAUACUAUUGGCGAGCGAUGCAAUGUGGAAGGAGAUGGCUUGAAGAGAAGGACAUUAGCCAAUUGGCUAACCUAGGGAAAUAUGUGUCGGCCAUGGUUGCGGCUGGGGCCCGGUUAACCUAUGCAAGUCAACCGGAUCAUUUGUGGAUGGCCAUUGUAAUAAUCACGUCUGCUUUAGCCACGGUUUAUCAACUUUAUUGGGACUUUGUCAAAGAUUGGGGAUUCUUUAACCCUAAAUCCAAGAACCCAUGGCUAAGAGAUGAACUCAUUCUUAAGAACAAGAGCAUAUAUUACUUCUCCAUUGCUUUGAAUCUUGUCUUGAGAGUUGCUUGGGUGGAAACGGUUAUGCGAUUCAACCUCGGAGUGGUUGAGUCAAGAUUGCUCGAGUUCUUACUCGCUUCUCUAGAGGUCAUUCGGCGUGGCCAUUGGAAUUUCUAUAGGUUGGAAAAUGAACACCUCACCAAUGCGGGCAAGUUUAGGGCUGUCAAGAAUGUUCCAUUACCAUUUCGUGAAACAGAUUCAGACGAUUAAAAGGCGAGAAAUGAGGAAUAAAAGUAAAUGGGUACACCGAAAAUAUCGACAUUAUGCAUCACAUGAUCAAGUGAAGGCGUCAAAUUUAUAUCGCCACGGAUCAAAUCACGAAGAUCAAGGUGAUGUUUAGAAUCGAGUGAACAGUUGGUAAAGCUUUGGGUGAAGAUUUGGAAACCAUUUGACUUAUAUUGACCCUUGUUCAUGUUUAUUUGUAUGUAAAUUGAUUAGUGUUCUUAUUAACUGUCAUUAAUUAAUGUUGUGGUGUUUUUGUUAUGUGUUGAGCUGUAUCAUGAUUUGGAAUUCCAUUAAUAAUAAUAACAUGGCAUGACAGCUUUAUUU